AGAUCGUCAGCUCGAUUCCGGCCCGACGGCGCAGACAUGUUUCGCAACAGUUUGAAGAUGCUUCUCAGCGGCGGAAAAUCAAACCGGAAAAACCGGUCCAGCGAUGGAGGGAAUGAGGAACCCCUGGACAGGAGGCAGCACAGCGUAGACUCCCGUCACAGCCGCGUUGCACAAGGGAGUUCCUCCUCGGAAAACGAUUGUGCGUUUGAGCCGGAUUACUCUAUCGCCCCCCUGCCUGUCAACGAGGGAAUGCAGCAUAUCCGAAUGAUGGAGGGCAUGUCCCGCUCCUUACCCUCAUCUCCUUUACUCACCCACCAGGCCAUCAGCGUGCGGCUGCAGCCUGUGAAGAAGCUGACCGCCCCGCUGAGGAAAGCAAAAUUUGUCGAGAGCCCCAGAAUUCCAGAAUCUGAAUUAGGAUCCCCGACUCUUGGCUCGUCCCAGAAACUGGACGCUGAUGCCUACCUAUUGGGGGAAGAGGAGUCUGUCCUUGGUCCUCCCCCAUCCGUUGAUGAAGCUGCCAACACCCUCAUGACCCGACUGGGCUUCCUCCUGGGAGACAAAGUCAGUGAAGUCCAGGCCACCGGUCCCCAGUACAGUAUGGAGGGGCAGGAGGAAAACCAGGGCUCUGCGGUGACCCAGCGGAUCAGUCCUUGUUCUACCCUAACCAGCAGUACGGCUUCUCCACCUGCCAGCAGCCCCUGUUCUACCCUUCCACCACCCAAUACCAACGCCCCUGCCAAGGAUUGCAGCCCGACCUCCACUCUGGAGAGCAGGGACAGUGGCAUCAUAGCCACCCUUACCAGCUACUCCGAGAAUAUGGACCGGUCCAAGUAUGGGGCAGAGAGCGGCAAGGAUGGGAGCAACCGCGCAUGUGGGAAGCAAACCCAGAAGUCCAUAGAUUCUUGUCUGUACCGGGUGGAUGAGAACAUCAUGGCCUCUACUUUCAGUCUCAACAAAAUCCCAGAGAGGGGACUGGAUACAGGGCUAUCCCAGUCGGUACAGUCCAUCCCGCUCUACCUCAUGCCUCGUCCCAACUCCGUGGCAGCCACCAGUUCGGCCCAUCUGGAAGACCUCGCUUACCUAGAUGAACAGCGACAUACGCCGCUGCGUACCUCUCUACGGAUGCCUCGGCAGACCUUGGCUGGACCACGUACUCCACAGGACCUACGAGUCCGUUUUGCCCCCUAUCGCCCGCCAGACAUCUCCCUGAAGCCUUUGCUCUUUGAGGUGCCGAGCAUCACUACAGACACCACGUUUGUGGGCCGCGAUUGGCUCUUCCACGAGAUCGAUGCGCGGCUGCAGAGCGAGGACGAGAGCGUCAACCAGGGCGUCGUGAUCUGUGGCAACAUCGGCUUCGGGAAAACGGCCAUCAUCUCUCGACUGGUGUCCUUGAGCUGCCACGGGACCCGUAUGAGACAAAUCUCUUCUGAUAGCCCCCACGCUUCACCGAAACAUUCUGAGGCAAAUAGAGACCUGACCCAACCAGGACAAACCCACACGGGUAUAUCCAGUGGGAGCUGCCCUGGAACCCCAGAAAUGCGCAGGCGGCAGGAGGAAGCGAUGAGGAGGAUAGCUGCACAGGUAGUGGCGUAUCACUACUGCCAGGCUGACAACGCCUACACCUGUCUGGUACCCGAAUUCGUCCACAACGUGGCUGCCCUGCUAUGCCGUGCCCCCCAACUCGUGGCUUACAGAGAACAGCUCUUGCGCGAGCCUCACCUACAGAGCCUGCUGAGUUUACGUUCCUGUGUUCAGGACCCGGCUGCAUCCUUCCGAAGAGGUGUUCUUGAGCCUUUAGAAAACUUAUACAAAGAAAGAAAGAUCCCGGAUGAAGAUUAUAUUAUUUUAAUAGAUGGUCUUAACGAGGCAGAAUUCCACAAGCCAGAUUAUGGAGAUACAAUUGUUUCCUUCCUGAACAAGAUGAUAGGAAAAUUCCCCCACUGGCUAAAACUCAUCGUGACUGUGAGGACCACCCUGCAGGAAAUCACCAAGCUGCUUCCAUUCCACCGUAUUUUCCUUGAUCGGUUAGAAGAAAAUGAGGCCAUAGACCAGGACCUUCAGGCUUAUAUUCUACAACGAAUCCACAGUAGCUCAGAGAUUCAGAACAAUAUUUCUCUCAAUGGCAAAAUGGACAACACCACCUUUGGAAAGCUAAGUUCGCACCUAAAGACGUUGAGUCAGGGCUCCUACCUGUACCUGAAGCUGACAUUUGACCUAAUAGAGAAGGGCUAUUUAGUUCUCAAGAGCUCGAGCUACAAGGUUGUCCCUGUGUCACUGUCUGAAGUUUACCUCCUUCAGUGCAACAUGAGGUUCCCAACUCAAUCCUCUUUUGAGAGGGCCCUGCCUCUUCUUAAUGUAGCAGUGGCCUCUCUCCACCCGUUGACGGAUGAACACAUCUUCCAGGCGAUCAAUGCAGGCAGCGUGGAUGGAGGUCUGGAAUGGGAGGACUUCCAGCAACGUAUGGAAAACCUUUCCAUGUUCUUGAUCAAGAGGAGGGACCUGACUCGCAUGUUUGUGCACCCAUCCUUCCGGGAGUGGCUGAUCUGGAGGGAGGAUGGAGAGAAGACCAAGUUCUUAUGUGACCCAAGGAACGGACACAUUCUCCUUGCGUUCUGGUUCGCUCGUCAGGAAGGAAAGUUGAAUCGGCAGCAAACCAUUGAGCUGGGACACCAUAUACUCAAAGCUCAUAUCUUCAAGGGUCUGAGUAAAAAGGUCGGUGUCUCCUCAUCCAUCUUACAAGCCCUGUGGAUUUCCUACAGCACUGAUGGUCUUUCCAUGGCGUUGGCGUCUCUUAGAAAUCUCUACACGCCCAACAUCAAGGUGAGCCGGCUGCUGAUCAUGGGUGGAGCCAAUGUGAAUUAUCGCACCGAGGUACUGAACAACGCCCCCAUCCUGUGCGUCCAGGCGCACCUGGGGUACACCGAGAUGGUGGCCCUCCUACUAGAGUUCUCUGCCAACGUGGACGCCAGUUCAGAGAGUGGUCUUACCCCGCUGGCAUACGCAGCUGCAUCUGGUCACCUCACCAUUGUCAUGCUUCUCUGCAAAAGACGUGCCAAGGUAGACCUGCUAGAUAAGAACGGCCAGUGUGCUUUGGUCCAUGCUGCCCUGCGAGGUCACCUGGAAGUCGUCAAAUACCUCAUCCAGUGUGACUGGACCAUUGCCGGACAGCAGCCGGGCGUUCUGAAGAAAAGCCAAGCUAUCCAGCAAGCCCUGAUCGCGGCCGCCAGCAUGGGCUAUUCCGAGAUUGUGUCUUACCUGCUCGAUCUACCUGAGAAGGACGAAGAGGAAGAGCAGAGAGCUCAGAUAAACAGCUUUGAUGGCCUCUGGGGAGAGACAGCUCUGACAGCCGCAGCAGGGAGAGGGAAGCUAGACGUUUGCCGUCUUCUUCUGGAGCAAGAGGCAGCCGUGUCCCAACCAAACCGCCGAGGAGUGGUCCCAAUAUUCAGUGCCGUCAGACAGGGGCACUGGCAGAUCGUGGACCUUCUUCUGAACCACGGGGCAGAUGUCAACAUGGCAGAUAAACAGGGCCGCACUCCGCUAAUGACAGCCGCGUCAGAGGGGCACAUCGCUACUGUUGAAUUUCUACUUGCACAAGGUGCUUCCAUAGGCCUUAUGGACAAAGAGGGUCUGACUGCUCUGAGCUGGGCUUGUCUCAAAGGUCAUCUCCCCGUGGUUCGUGCUCUGGUGGAAAAUGGUGCCGCCACUGACCACGCAGAUAAGAACGGGCGCACGCCGCUGGACCUUGCUGCUUUCUAUGGAGAUGCAGAGGUGGUCCAGUUCCUGGUAGAUCAUGGCGCAAUGAUCGAACACGUGGAUUACAGUGGAAUGCGCCCACUGGAUAGAGCCGUGGGCUGCAGGAACACCUCCGUGGUGGUGGCUCUGUUGAAGAAGGGAGCCAAGAUAGGCUGUCAGACUUUACCGAGCCGUCCAAAAGGUCCAGCCACCUGGGCCAUGGCAACUUCCAAGCCAGACAUCAUGGUCAUUCUGCUGAGUAAACUGAUGGAGGAAGGAGACAUGUUCUACAAGAAGGGGAAAGUAAAAGAGGCUGCGCAGAGGUACCAAUACGCCAUGAAGAAGUUCCCCCGUGAGGGAUUUGGGGAGGAUCUCAAGACCUUUCGGGAGCUCAAGGUGUCUCUUCUACUCAACCUAUCUCGUUGCCGACGGAAGAUGAAUGACUUUGGCAUGGCGGAGGAAUUCGCCACUAAAGCUCUGGAGCUCAAGCCGAAAUCCUACGAGGCAUUCUACGCACGAGCCAGAGCCAAACGGAGCAGCAGGCAAUUUACAGCUGCUCUGGAAGAUCUGAACGAGGCCAUCCAGCUUUGCCCCAACAACCGGGAGAUCCAGAGGCUCCUGAUGAGAGUGGAGGAAGAGUGCAGGCAAGUUCAGCAGGAGGAGGAGGAGGUUCAGGAGAUGCAUGACGAGCCUGAGCCAGAAGUCCAGCAUGACGAGAUAGACUCCACACAGGAAGACAUCUACGAAGAGGAAUAUGUUGAGCAAGACAUGGACAACAUGCCAAUGGGGUUACAGAAUGAAGGGAGGCAAUGCCAGGGUCUUCCAGGCAUGCAGAGUCCACCUCAGUCUCCUGCACAUCGGGACUCAGCCUACAUGUCUGGGUCACACCAAGUCUUCGACUUCAGGUCAAACAGCUCGGUGGGAUCUCCUACACGGCAAGGCUACCAAUCUACUUCGCCGUCGCUUUCCCCCACACACCAAAACUCCCACUACAGACCGAGUCCACCACACACAUCUCCAGCUCAUCAGAGCUCUCCGUAUGGAUUCAGCCCGCCACCUGUGGGAAACCAAAUGAUGGAUUACCCCAGCCCACCUCCUUCACCGCUGCGAAGAGCACCACAGUACAGAGCUAGUCCCCCCAGUGAAAGCAUUGGGAUGUAUAGACAACAGUCAGGAUCCCCAGUGCGGUACCAGCAAGAGCCAUGUGUUAGUCAACACCCCGGAAGGCCAAAAUCUCCAUUGUCUAAGAUGUCUCAGAGGUCUUUCCAAAUGUCACAGCUUCCAACUGCUGUUCCCCAACCUGCGCACAGGUUGCAGCCGGCCAAGGCUCAGAUUGUACGGAGCAACCAACCCAGCUCUGCUGUACACUCCAGUGCUGUGAUUCCUGGAGGAACAUAUGGCCAAGUGACACACGGCAUGGCCAGUAAGUACCAGACGUCAUCAGGGGAAAUGAGCCAAAGUCGUCUAGUGUACCAAGCAUCCCUGGGGGGUCUUAUAGCUGAUGGACGCCCUUUGCAGCAUGUGCAGGCCAGUUUGAGUGCAGGGGCCAUCUGCCAGCAUGGAGGAAUUGUGAAAGAGGACAUACCCCAGCGGCCGACAUCUGCCUACAGGGGUGGAAUGAGGUACAACCAAACACCACAGAUUGGGCGAAGCCAGUCUGCCUCCUACUACCCGGUAUGCCACACCAAGCUGGAUCUUGAGCGUUCCUCUAUCCCCUCUAGCCAGCUGGGUUCUCCUGAUGUCUCUCAUCUUAUCAGGAGGCCAGUGAGCAUCAAUCCCAACGAAAUAAAGCCUCAUCCACCGACUCCAAGGCCGCUGUUGCACUCACAGAGCGUAGGACUUCGCUUCUCUCCAUCGAGUAACAGCAUUUCGUCCUCUUCCAGCCUCUCCACCUCCUUCCGUCCUUCUGCCUCCAUUCAACAGAUGGAGAUCCCACUCAAGCCGGCCUACGAUAGGCUCUGUGACGAGUUGUCUCCUGUGUCCCCUCCCCAGGGGAAUUACCCAAACGAGCCAGCUCGCUCCAGGAACACCCCUUUCAUGGGUAUAAUUGAUAAGACGGCACGGACUCAGCAGUAUCCUCACCACCAUCAGCAGAGCCGGACAUGGGCCGUGUCUUCUGUGGACACUGUUCUCAGCCCCACGUCUCCUGGGAUCCACCCUCAGCAAGAAUCCUUCAGCCCCCCAUCCUCUAUAAGCAACAUCGCCUUUUAUAACAAAACCAACAAUGCACAGAACGGACAUCUACUCGAAGACGAUUACUACGGCCCACAUGGAGUGCUGGCCAACGGCUCUCGGGGGGACAUACUGGAGAGAGUCACACAGGCAUCUUCUUACCCCGACGUAAAGGUGGCCAGAACAUUGCCUGUUGCUCAGGCUUACCAGGACAACCUGUAUCGUCAGCUAUCCCGGGACUCCCGACAGGGCCAGACUUCGCCCAUCAAACCAAAGAGACCAUUUGUGGAGUCUAAUGUGUAGGACAACAGACGUGCCCCUAUCCUAUUUUUCCCUCCCAACACAACCUCCCUGUAAACCUCCUCCUUAAAACCUGGCGAGGGAGAAAAUCUUCCUGAAGCAUCGGUCUUCUCCCUUUCCUUCUCCUCCACUCGCCAGCUCUGAACUAAUAACUACAUUAUCUCUGACCUGCUGGAACAAAUUGGAUUUCUUGGGUUAUACACAACGGGACAACCCUGUUUCCCCCGCCCCCCCACGGUCUUAUUUUUAAUUUGGGAAUGUAUUUUAUUGUUAAAAAGAAACUAGAUUUUAACCAUAAAUUGCACUUACCUCGCUAGGACAACCAGUUAGCCCCUAGUCCCACCUUUUUUGGGGGGGAUUUACGAGGAGCGACCUUUCGUUUGCUCCUUUUGACAGAGCUCCUGCAGACAGUGCGCGUAGGGCUCACUUAAUAUAACGUCGCGCAUGUCUAAAUUACACAUCAAUCCUUCUUGUGUGAGAAGAGCGUCCUCAGCACAAUUGGGGAAAUCUUGAAAUUC